AUGCCCUUUGCUCAGCUCGUGCUAGGUAGCCCAGGCUCGGGCAAGAGCACCUACUGCGAUGGCAUGCACCAAUUCAUGGGCGCAAUCGGCCGCGCAUGCUCCGUCGUGAAUCUUGACCCAGCAAAUGACCAUACAAAUUACCCGUGCGCUCUCGAUAUCCGGAGCCUCGUCAAGCUCGAAGACAUUAUGCGAGAGGACAGACUCGGUCCCAACGGCGGCAUUCUCUACGCCCUCGAAGAGCUGGAGCACAACUACGAAUGGCUGGAAGAGGGCCUGAAAGAAUUUGAUCAGGAUUAUAUUUUAUUUGACUGCCCUGGACAAGUCGAGCUAUAUACACAUCACAACUCCUUACGAAACAUAAUCUACAAAUUACAGAAAAACGGCUUCCGAUUUGUUGCUGUUCACCUCUCAGAUUCCAUCUGCCUCAGCCAACCCUCCCUAUACGUGUCCAAUGUUCUGCUUUCCCUUCGCGCCAUGAUCCAAAUGGAUAUGCCACACGUCAACGUGCUCUCCAAGAUUGACAAAGUCGCAUCCUAUGACGAACUCCCUUUCAACCUCGAAUACUAUACAGACGUCGAUGACCUCACGUAUCUGACUCCCUAUCUCGAGGCCGAAUCUCCCGCGCUGCGAAGCGACAAGUUUGGAAAAUUGAACGAGGCCAUUGCAAACAUGAUUGAAAGCUAUGGCCUGGUGCGGUACGAAGUGCUGGCAAUUGAAAAUAAGAAAAGCGUGACACAUCUUCUUCGGAUAAUAGAUAGAGCCGGCGGAUACGUCUUUGGCAGCGCCGAGGGUGCAAACGACACCGUGUGGGCAGUGACCAUGCGAAAUGAGGCAUCCUUGAUGGACGUUCAGGAUAUCCAGGAGCGAUGGAUAGAUCAGAAGGAUGAGUAUGACCGGAUGGAACAGGAGGCGGAGGAGGAGGCCCGCCGCGAGCAGGAACAGCAGGCCAUGGACAUGGAUGUACAGCCGCCGCAACCGUCGGCGCCAAGCAACCCCGAGAUGGACCCAGACUUUGGGGAUAUGUCGGUUCCAGCUGAUAGUGGCAUCAAAGUAAUCAGAAAACAAUGA